UGUCCGGUUUGCAAAUGUAUUAGCAACACAUGUUGAUUUUGACAUCGGAAACCAAACCGGAAGCCACACACUUGUUCACUCAGCAACUUGACGUCGACCUAUUUUUUGGGUGUCUUGGCGACUUUUGUACACAAGUCUUUGCACUGUUUUAAACUUUUGCGAUGGAAAGGUUGUUCUGACGAAAUAUACUUGAUUAAUUUCAGAGACGGUGACAUUAUGGCGAAAGACCAACAGCCUCAAUGGGCGGAUAUUUUGAAAAGCAGGUUAGCAAACACCAAAAAAGAUGACAGAAGCGACGAGGAAAAGAAAGCCGAAGAAACGAAGCUGUUCACCAAAUACUACACGGAGUGGAAGGAAGGAGGCGACAAAGACAAGUCCUACAAGAACAUCCCACGGUUUUACUACAGGCUACCAGCAGAGGAUGAAGUAUUACUACAGAAACUGAGAGAGGAAUCCAGAGCCGUUUUCCUCCAGAGGAAGAGCAGGGAACUGCUGGAUAAUGAGGAACUACAGAAUCUGUGGUUUCUGCUCGACAAGCACCAGGUUCCCCCGGUGAGCGGCGAGGAGGCCAUGAUCAGCUAUGAAGCCUACCUGCAGGUCGGGGAGAAGGCCGGGCCCAAAUGCAAAAAAUUCUUCACAGCCAGAGUGUACUCCAAGCUGCUCCUUAGCGACCCUUAUGGCAGGAUCUCCAUCAUGCAGUUCUUUAACUACGUCAUGAGGAAAGUGUGGCUGCAUCAGACCCGGAUAGGUCUGAGUCUGUAUGACGUAGCAGGACAGGGCCACCUCAGAGAGUCGGAUCUGGAGAACUACAUCCUGGAGCUGAUCCCCACUCUGCCUCAGCUGGACGGACUGGAGAAGUCCUUCUACUCUUUCUACGUCUGCACCGCUGUUCGCAAGUUCUUUUUCUUCCUCGACCCUCUCCGAACAGGAAAGAUUAAAAUCCAGGAUAUAUUGGCCUGCAGUUUUCUGGAUGACUUGUUGGAGCUUAGAGACGAGGAGCUUUCUAAAGAGAGUCAGGAGUCCAACUGGUUCUCAGCCCCCUCCGCUCUCCGGGUCUACGGCCAGUACCUCAACCUGGAUAAGGACCACAACGGCAUGUUGAGCAAAGAGGAGCUUUCACGCUACGGCACGGCGACGCUCACCUCGGUCUUCCUGGACAGAGUGUUUCAGGAGUGCCUCACCUACGAUGGAGAAAUGGACUACAAGACCUAUCUGGACUUUGUAUUGGCGUUGGAAAACAGGAAGGAGCCUGCGGCAUUGCAGUAUAUUUUCAAACUUCUGGACAUGGACAAUCAGGGAUACCUCAAUGUCUUCUCCCUCAACUAUUUCUUCAGGGCCAUUCAGGAGCAGAUGAAACUCCACGGUCAGGAGCAGGUCACCUUCCAGGAUGUCAAGGAUGAGAUCUUUGACAUGGUGAAGCCUAAAGAUCCCUACAAGAUCACCCUCCAGGACUUGGUGAACAGUUGCCAGGGCGAUACUGUCACCAGCAUCCUGAUUGACCUCAACGGCUUCUGGACCUAUGAGAACAGAGAAGUGCUGGUGGCCAGCGACAGCGACGGCAGCAACACAGCUGACCUCGAUGACAGCUGAGGAUGAUUUGGAGGGGGCUUGGAAGCAGCAGACAUUCUGCUUCAUUAAUUUUCCUGUAAAGACUUGUUUUGUUAUUGACCUUCAAAAUAAAUGUUUCCUUUCUAAA